CGGGUGGGUGGCGCGGGCUCGGCGGCGGAGCCCCAGGUGUGCACGCCAGAAAGAAGAAAUCGCCUAAACGAAUAACAUGAGGUCAGAUAAAGGCCCACUUUUUCUUCAAUGCAGGGAAGUAAAAGCAAACCAUUGCUAUCUUUCCCCAGGGAUAUCCUUUGUUCUACUCCUUGAAACGUCCAGCUUUUCUCAUAGUUACGAUGUCAGAAGGGCAAUCGCCUGCCAAUAAAAGGCCCCGUCGAAGUUUAUCAAGCAGCAGAACUAAAAAAAAUGAAUCUAAGUCUAUUGUUUUGUUUUUUAACAAUGCACCACCUGCUCAACUUGCCUGUCCCAUUUGUAGGAAAAUGGUGCCAAGAUAUGACUUAAACCGGCACCUUGAUGAAAUGUGUGCUAACAACAAUGACGUCGCUCCAGCUGAUCCUGGGCAUGGUGGCCUAACGAAUUCCAGUGUGUCCACUGUAGAUUUAAUCAAUGUUGCCGUAGAAGAUGCAACACCACAGAAGUCGUCUCCAUUAAAGACAAAUUUAACCCUUGACCAAAGCGAUUCAGCAAAACUGGGUGUGAAAAAGCAGACCAGUCCCUACUUUAAAAGUAGUGAUGACAAGCUGUGCAAAAAUCAAGAUGACCUGAGCCCUCGUAAUGUCAAAGUCAUUCCUUUGGGAAGCCUGUCAUCUAAAUUAUCCAGAAAAUACAUAAAGGCGAAACGAUCGUUAGAGAAGAAUGAGGAAUUUGCCAGUCAUACCCCACAGAGUUCGUCAGCCACAGUGGCUGGGAUGGUUAACUGUUCAGAGACCAAGGACGUGGAUCAGAUUUUGAACAGUUCUCAAAAGGAAAACAUAUUUACCUGUGAUUCUCUUACGGAGCAAAACACUGAAAAUACUGUAGAAGAUGCUAAAUUAAUGGAAGCAGCAAACCAACAGACUGCCCAGGAAUGGGAAAGAUCAACUCUCACUCCUGCUUUCUCAGAGAGUGCUCCUGUGGUGUCAUCACCAAAAUUAACUCUUGGGAGUACACGGCAGCCUGCUUCACAGGCCAGUCUUGCAAAGCAGGAGAGUGUCAGACAAGUAGAGCGUGAAGGGGCUGAAAAACAUGAGGCAGAUACUGGUGAAAUCAACAUGCCUGUGGCUUCAGACGCUAAAACGCAGUUGUCAAAUUGGGAGGCACGAUCUCAUAGUUCUACUCAUGAUGCUUCCCAGUGGAGUAAUAUCCACAAACGUCCUCUGGAAGGUGAUAGUGGCUUAGAGAACAAAGUCACUUGUGGCAAUCCUUUGGAACAGGGGUCAAGCUGUGGUGUUCCUGGUAAAACCGUUCCAGCACCAUCGAAUCAUCCUUACUACCUUCGCAGUUUCCUUGUGGUGCUAGAAGCCGUCUUUGACAAUGAAGAUGACAGGGGGCUCUUUGAUGAACACGACAAGGGAAUUGUAACUAAAUUUUAUCAAUUAUCAGAUGGUGGUCAGAAGUUAUACGUAAGACUUUUCCAACGUAAAUUCAGCUGGAUUAAGAUGAAUAAAUUGGAGUACGAAGAGAUCGCCCCUGACUUAGCCCCUGUGGUUGGAGAAUUGCAGCGAGCCGGCUUUCUGCAGACAGAAUCUGAGCUGCAAGAGCUCUCUGAAGUGCUGGAACUACUUUCUGCUCCUGAACUGAAAACGCUGGCAAAGACGUUCCACUUGGUGAACCCCAAUGGGCAGAAGCAGCAGCUGGUGAAUGCCCUGCUCAAACUGGCCAGACAGCCUUCUGUCUGCACUUGGGGCAAGAAGCCGCCUGGAAUCGGAGCAGUGAUUUUAAAGAGAGCCCGGGACUUGGCAGGACCGUCACUGAGGCUGUGCAAAGGCCCCCGAGCUGUCUUCUCCCGGGUCCUGCUGCUCUUUUCCUUGGCGGACUCCCUGGAGGAGGAGGACGCUUCCUGCGGGGGGCAGGGCCAGCUCUGCACCGUGCUGCUGGUCAACCUUGGCCGCGUGGCGUUUCCUCAGUACACCGUCCAUCGGGAGACCCGGAUCUUCCAGGACAGAGACGACCUCAUCAGGUACGCCGCCGCCGCCCACACGCUGAAUGACAUUUCCACCGCCAUGGCCAACGGGAACUGGAAGGAAGCAAACGAGCUCUCUCAGUGCGCCAAGAGGGACUGGAACAAACUGAAAAACCACCCUUCCCUGAAGCACCACGAGAACUUACCGCUCUUUCUGCGCUGCUUCACUGUUGGAUGGGUUUACACAAGAAUUCUGUCUCGGGCUGUCGAGAUCUUGCAGAGACUUCACAUGUACGAGGAAGCAGUCAAGGAACUUGAGGACCUUCUGUCCCAGAAAAUCUACUGUCCCGACAGCAGAGGCCGCUGGUGGGAUCGGCUGGCUCUCAACCUGCACCAGCACUUGAAACGCCUCCAACCGGCUAUCAAGUGCAUCGCCGAAGGGCUGGCAGAUCCCGAAGUGAGGACGGGGCACCGCCUGUCAUUGUAUCAGAGAGCCGUGCGCCUGAGAGAGUCCCCGAGCUGUCGGAAGUACAGGCACCUCUUCCGUCAGCUGCCAGAAAUCACCGUGCGCGAUGUGAAACAUGUGACCAUUACGGGCCGGCUGUGCCCACAGCACGGGAUGGGCAAGUCCGUGUUCGUAAUGGAAGCUGGGGGGGCCGCCACGCCCGCCACCGUCCUGUGCUCCGUGGAGGAGCUGGCGCUGGCCUAUUACAGACGCAGCGGCUUCGACCAAGGCAUUCAUGGGGAGGGGUCCACCUUCAGCACCCUGUACGGCCUCCUGCUGUGGGACGUCAUCUUCAUGGACGGGAUACCGGACGUCUUCAGAAACGCUUACCAGGCAUUCCCCCUGGACUUGUGCACGGACAGCUUCUUCGCCAGCCGGGGACCAGCCAUCGAGGCCAGGCUGCAGCUGAUCCACGGCGCCCCCACCGAGCAACUGCGAGCCUGGGUGGCGGACACGUGGCAGGCCCAGGAAGGCAGAGCGGCUUCCGUGGUCAGCUGGGAUCGCUUCGCUUCUCUUCAGCAAGCUCAGGACCUUGUUUCCUGCUUGGGGGGCCCUAUCCUGAGCGGCGUGUGCCGGCGCCUGGCUGCGGACUUCCGGCACUGCCGGGGAGGCCUGCCCGACCUGGUGGUGUGGAACUCCCAAAAUCAUCACUUCAAGCUGGUGGAAGUUAAAGGCCCCAAUGACCGCCUUUCGCAUAAGCAAAUGAUCUGGCUGGAUGAGCUGCAGAAGCUGGGGGCUGACGUCGAAGUCUGCCACGUGGUCGCAGUUGGAGCCAAGAGCAAAGGCCUUACCUAGUAACAUCUAUGGAUCUAAGAUUCUCAAAAGCCUAAGUGUCAUAAUGACGUUUCACUUCAUUUUGACUGUUACUGUCAGAAAUAAAUGCGGUGGUAAAGUUGGUACUAGUUUGAAUACACGCCUUGAUUCC